UGAGAGGUUAUCUUUAGAUAUUCGUUUAAUUGCUGUACUGUGCUUUUGCUCUCGACAUUCCAUUAGAUAAUUUGGAUCUAGACGGAAACGUUUACUCUUACCCCUCUCAAUAUGAAAGCUGUGAUAAUACUGGCGCUAUUGGCGUGCGUCAUAGCUGUGACGUACGGUGAUCUGGUCUGUGGUAGCAGUUACUGCAAGAGCAAUCCCUGCAACACCCGCGUAGCCGCAAGCACCUGCCGUUCACCAUCUGUGUACCGCCAGAAUCAUUCAGGCAAAUGCGCUUGUUGUCCGGCUUGCGUUACUCUUCUACCGGAAAAUUCAGCGUGCAAAACUUACAGCAAGGAGCUGGGAGAAACACCAUCAGCUGUUUGUAGUGAUCCAUUGAAGUGUGUAAAUGGAGUGUGUAUCAAGGUUACACCCAGAUCCGGCUAGAUGAAAAAAACUUUUUUUUAUUAAUUACAAAUGUUAAACAAUCCUCAGUGGAAAUAAAAAACUUGCAACUCUA